UAUAGAAUAAAUGGGACUUUGCAUUCAGAAAAUUAAAUUUGACCGAGAGUAAACCGAGUAAUAUUAUUGUUGUUUCCACAGAAAAAAAGGUUCAUGGUUGUUCGUCUUCACGGACAUGCGGUUCACCAGAAGGACAGCAUUCAGCUCCUGCUUCUAAAUGGCCUUUUCAGCCUUUUGAAACCAACAAGAUUCGGCGCCUUCAGAGCAGAGUGCUCAGUAAUUAGGUCUCUAAAUACGUCUACACCGUAAUUAAAUUCAAAUCACAAGGCAUGAGGAAAGUUGUUGGCAAAAGAAGAGUUAACGAAAAAAACUGCAAAGGGCACGCAAUCGGAUCAGUGCGAAUUUUCCCUUAAUGGGAGGGGAGGGAAACAAGAAAAAGAAUAGUUUAGUCCUCUCGAGAGGGCAAUCAGCGUUGUGUUCCAGGUGAGAAGUGGAUAAUGGGCUCGUGCCGCCUGAAUUUUACUGGGUGUCCUGCGGUAAUGUCGGAUCACUGCAAUGGAUUGUGCAUUCUUUAGCUCCCUUCCUGACGUGUGCCAUGGGGGAAAAUGCAUUACAUCGGGGGCUACAGCUGUCCUUGCGCUUAGAGGUGGUUGUUGUGGGGUUUUUUUUUCUUCUGUUAUUAUUAUCGGCUUUGCUUAUUGUGGAAUGCUGACCGUCGCUGAUUCAAGGACCGGUUUGGAAAGGAGUACAUUUCACUGAACGCAUUUACAGUUAAACGGAUUUAAUUUUGGGAUCAGGUAUUAACAGGGCGGUACUGUGUGUACAGUUACCAAGGGAAAUAGAGGCUUAUCACGAACAUACGAAAGGAUCAAUGAACACACAAGGCUCUGUUCUAUUUGUCUAGAAAUUGAUGUAACUUUAAUGAGGAGUGUUUUAUUUCACUCGUUUUCAAAUUGAAAUACCACCCCUCCCAAGUCCCACAUUUUCAAAAGUUAUUACGAAAUUUGUUAUGACUUUCCAGUAAACUCUAUUGCUUACUGUAAUUCUACACAGUAAGGCCAUUUUGAGCUAACUGCAGGUGACCCAGAGUUCAAUCCAAUUAUUUGGACAAUUUGAAAAAUGUUCGCAGUCUUCAACUUAUUUCAUUACAGACGAAUGAUAAUGUUUAGAAUUCAGCCCCCGUAAGUAGCUUACAUUGGACUUUAAAAGUUGUAAAAUCAAUUCAAAUCAGACCUAUUCAAAUAACAAAAUAAAUUAUACACUUAUACGGUUAUCCCUAUUGGGGUCGGGUCAGGUUACCUCCUCGAUGGCGGUGAUGCUAGUAGCGUUCAGUGUGAUGGCGCUGUACGCAGAAACAAUACUCCAGCUCUACGUCGUCAUGUCAUCACACGCCCAGCCUCUCGCCGACAACCCAGUCGCCAUAACAAUAUUAUUGAUGACGCUAUCCACAUUCCUGGUGACGUCUGUAACGUCGGCUGUUCUGACGCUGGCAUCCAUGAAUUUUGGUCGCAACAAAGGGGCUAAAAUCAUGUUUGGUGCGCUCCACGCGGUGAAUUUAGGCUAUUUGUGGAGGAUAUUCAAAUUGAUAUUGUGUUUUUCCGAAUUCGAAUUGAAACAGUUGAUACUCAUACGGCUGGUUCACGUGGCUUUUCAAAGCUCUCCGUACGUAGUGUUGUACACAGAGUUGUUUGUGGGAGCUCAGAAAAUCAACGUUAUUCAAUCGUUGUCAUUGAUGACGUCAGUUGUUUCGUCUGCUUUGGCCAUCACGGCGUACAACCUGCGCCGGAAGUUGAACACUGACUCGUGGACCAAUAAGAUCAGCGAUUCGACCACCAACUCCCGAGCGUACACAGCCAUCGUCAUGACCAUUGUGGGUACACUCCUCGUUAUUUCUCCUCGUUUCAUGUGUAUUUCCUUCAUGGCUGUUCAGACAAGCUGGUGGGUGGCUGUGCCCAUCUGUGCUCAUUUCAUUUUUAUGUUGACAACGUCAAUAUUAUUCUCGAAACGGCGUAAACCCAACAAAAGAACGUGUGAUGGCAUGUGUUCUGCUUUCUUAUUCCACACAGGGAUGUCUAUUCUCAACUGUCUAGAUCUCGUUGACGAUCACAUUGAUCGUGUCAUGUGUAGAUACGUAGGAUUUUAUUCGUUAUUUCUUAUUGAAAACAUUGUUCUUUUAUCGUUUUGGUUGUUGGGAUCUGAUCUUCCUUACGUGUCAAAACUUAUUAUCGUAAUUGGCAUUCUAACGUGUUUCAUUGUUGGGCUGAUUGCCAAAUUCGUGGGCUGUAACCUGCUGCAAGACACCCAGCCUCAGGCAUACGGCAAUGACGUCACCUCUCUCGCCACCGUCACAACCGCGUCUACCUCCAAUAUGGCUGAAAAUUUGACUUUUUCCUCCGACACCACCGUCCAGUCUUCCGUCAACGACAACGACCUCAUCAGCAUUAUCCAGGCCACGUUGCACUCUCGUCGCCUCCGGCAGCUCGGCCUACCGUUAGAUAACAGUUCUACCUCACCGCAUGAACAAAUAGCAGCAAUAAAGUGGACAUCGCCACAGUAUUCAGAACGUUUGGGCAAGGAAGGCGACAUAACUAUAUAUACUCUUCCCUCUUGUGAAUCAAACGAUGGCCAAAACGGGCUUCAGUCAAAUUGUUCUCAUGUGCAUGAAGUUCAUGAGCUAAAUGAACGGGAGUCUUGUCACACCAUAUCGUCCUCCAGGGGCAUAGAUCUGUCCCAGGCUUCAACUUCCGUCAGUUUUCUCACGUCGUCAGAGUCUGCGAGAAAACAAUCAGAGACUCGCACCCUUGUCCCAGCCCACCAUCUAUCAGUAGCCGAACACCGGACAGUGGUGCAACCUCAGCAUCUGUAUCUGGGUACUUCUCUAGCGGACGUCGAUUUGAAAUGCGACAUGCUGUAUGGAGGUAAUGCGCCCACAAGCAAUCCAUCUUGGGAAGUCAUCCCGCUCCCUUUUACGCGGUUCAGAGGAAGAACUUCUAACAAAGAAUUUGUUGAGCAAAAAUCUGCUAUGGAAAAAGAAGGAAGAUUCAUGUGUUUGACAGGCAAAACUUCCAUUCAAAAUUCAUCUCAUGAAUAUCCACCGAUGAGACCAUUCGGAAACAUUAAGACGGGUAGGGUACCUGGGAAAAUUUCAUACCGAUACGAAGAGGAGCCUCUUGCAGCACAGAGCACUCCUCAAAACAAAAGCCACCUCCGCACUUGUCCAAAGUCAAAGAAAUUGAAUAAAGAAAAAGAAGGAAUAACCAACGUCACCAAUCUCAGGAAUCGGGGUAAUGUGUUUCAUGGACAAACUUCUGGUUACAAAUUAAGCGCCAUCAGGCAAAUGGACAAAGCUGGGCGUAGAAACUUUGUAUUCGAAAUGAGCGAAACGGAGGAUUCUACGAGCAUCUCUGAGAGUUUCGACUCAAGAUUUGUCACGGAAACCUUUCCACAAAACGCUCGCCGAAAAGAAAAUCGUGGAGCUGAAUAUCCGAGUAGAAACCUACAGCGGUUUCCUCCACAAACGCGGUUUUAUGCGGAGAACUCAGAGAGCUCUUUCCUCUCUACGUCACUGACCCAGGACACAACAUUUACAGGAAGUUCCGUGACGUCAGAGUCGUCUGAACAGAGCUGGUCUGAUGAAAUAGACUGCUCAGCAACCUGGCCCUUCUCGGAGAGCAGGUUUGAGAGGAAUUCAAGACUUGCUCUUCCAGGAGAAGGCAGCAAACUCCCGUCGUCUGAGAACGUGCUGAGAUGGCUGGCCAUGGCCGGGGAGUAGUGCAGUCACACUGUGACCAGUUAAUACGGGGUGCCCAGUGCUGCACAAUAGAAGGGAUCGCCCGAAUCGGUCGCCUCAAAAACAUACGUGUUUGUUUUCAGUUUCAGGCGACCGAGUCGGACGAUCGGCCCGAUCCAGCCGUAGUGGGCACCUUGUAUAACGCUUUUAUUUAGUUCAUAAUAUUUAUGCCUUGAAUAUAGUAUAGUGUUGAAAGCUCUUGAACGCAAGCACGCACGCUUUUGCGAGUGGGAAUGUGUGUGUGUGUGUGUGUGUGUGUGUGUGUGUGUGUGUGUGUGUGUGU